CCCCGGAACCCGCAGGAUUUCCCAUUCCCAAACCUUGGCCCGAUGGAGGAGGAGGAAGCUGUGAGGAAGAGGAUGAUGCCCCGGGACACCCAGGCAGGUGAGGAGGAACUCAGUGUCCCUUUCCCCCUCUCUCCUGCUCCAUCUCCCAGCCCAUCCCAGCCCCCGGCUGCAGGACAACCCCGCUGACAACGCCGUCCUGCUGAGGACGCACUGGGGGGAUCUCCUUCCCCUUCCCUCUGGCACAGAGGCAAAUCCCAUCCUCUCCUUGUCCUUCCUCCCCCAGACAAGGAGCACUUAUAAAUUAAAAGCUAGACUUGUCAAUACAUCAAGCAAUAUGCUAAAUUUAUUAAUUUGUUCAAUAAAAGGGUGAUCAAUGACAGGUCUGGGUGCACAGGGGUCUCCGCCCCAAGCAAUGCAGAAAUUCAGAUCUCAAACUUAGCCUCGUAUACCAUUCUAGGCACUUCACUUCCUCAGAUUUUCAAUUAUUUUCUACUUCUUUUUCUUCAUAAUCAGCAGUUGUGGUUUUUGAAGAUCUGUUGGGGAGGUGGUCUGAGAUGGUCUUCUCAUGUCUCUCCAGCCUCCCAUUCUUCUUUUAAAAUAUCUUUCUCCCACUAGCAUUAUUUUUGGUUAUACAGUUUGUUUAAGCAAGCAUGUAUAUUCUGUUAGCAUACAUUUUGCAAGGCUUGUUUCAUUCAUUUCACAACCUAAAGCUAGCAUGUCUAAAAAAUGUCUUUAUAAAGACAUUUAUGAAGUUAUAAAGUCAGUUAUAAAGUCAGCAUGUUUUAAAAUGCCUUUAUAUAGAGCCUUUCAGCUCAUGUUAGUCCUACUUACCCUUUUUAAAUGAUUAGAAAUUCUUUCAUAUUCCAAAAAAAUUAUAACUUGUACAAAAGAUAGCUUGAAACUUAUUGUACAAGUUAGUUUGAAGUUUAUAUGAAUUGCUUGCAAGUAAUUACAGUUUUGUUGUUAAAUUAUUAGCUAAAAGUUUACUAUUAUAUAGUUACCUUGUUAAACCCUACUUCCAUGCCUUACUUGUUUUCUCCUAAAAUUUUAAAUCCACUGUUUUCUCCUAAAAUUACUAUGCAAUUUUUAACCUUUUCCUUCCAGCUUGGCCCAUUAGGAAUGUCAUGGCUUCUUCCUAGCUACAGCAUUGGUAAUGAAGUUUUUUCAGCUGAUUUUUAAAACUCUUCUUUAUAAUAAUCCCAUAGUCUCUGUCCACAAUGCCCACAGACACACGUACAUAGGUGGAUGCUAUUCAAUUGACACAAAUUACACAAAUUACAGCCUGAUUUCUCAAGGAGCUGAGGAUGGAGACCAGGGAGAACAAAUCCCUGCAGCAGAACCUCAUGGAAGAGGCCGUUUUGAGCAGCUCCAUGGCGCAGGAAUCCAGCGGGGAGGAAAAUCCCCAGAGAUCCCUCACAAGGAGGGGCUGCAAACGCAGAUCACAGGGAUCUGAGGGGGUAAGAGCCACCUUGGGCCAGAGAGGCAACUGGAGCUCGGAGCUGGGGGUCCAUGAGAAGCUUCAGAAUGGAGAGAAGUUCUACAAGUGCUCAAAAUGUGGGAAGAGCUUAAGCCAGAGAUCCUCUCUGAUCCGCCACUUGAGAAUCCACACCGGGGAGAGGCCCUAUGAGUGUGAGAAAUGCAGGAAGAGAUUUCCUUACAAAUCCACUCUCCUCAGGCAUCAGCAGACUCACACAGAGGAGAGACCCUUCUGCUGCCCCGACUGUGGGAAGGGCUUCAAGCUCAACUCCGCCCUUGUCAUCCACCGGCGCAUCCACACCAGGGAGAAGCCCUACGAGUGUGGGGAGUGUGGGAUGAGCUUCACCCAGAGGUCCACCCUGACUGCCCACCAGAGGAGACACACAGGGGAACAGCCCUAUGAGUGUGCUGAGUGUGAGAGGUGCUUCAGGACAAGCUCUGAACUGACUGUCCACCAGAAGAUCCACACGGAGGAACGGCCCUACGAGUGUGGGCAGUGUAAGAAGAGCUUCAAACGGAGGUGCCACCUGCUCCGCCACAUGGGAGUGCACACAGGGGAACGGCCCUAUGAGUGUGGGGAGUGUGGGAAGAGCUUCAGGACGAGCUCUGGACUGAUUGUUCACCAGAGGAGCCACACAGGAGAGAGGCCUUAUGAGUGUGAUAAAUGCAGGAAGAGGUUUCACACGAGCUCCCAUCUCCUUCUGCACCAGCGGAUUCACACGGAGGAGAGGCCCUUCCGCUGCCCCGACUGCAGGAAGGGCUUCAGGCAAAACUCUGAUCUUAUCAAGCACCGGCGCAUCCACACCGGGGAGAGGCCCUACGAGUGUCCCCAGUGUGGGAAGAGCUUCUCACAGAGCUCUAGCUUGACCCAACACCAACAGAGGCUCCACAAAGAUAGCCCUGCAAGUGCCCCAAAUGCAGGAAGAGCUCCAUGCGCUGCUCCAGCUCCAUCCCCCGUGGGAGGAUACGCGCUGGAUGAUCCCCAGUGACCCCCAGUGGGCAGAGUCCCGGUGAUCUCUGUUGCCGGUGAUCCGUGUUGGGAAGAUACGGCUGGGGGACUCCACCUCCUCCUGGCUCCCCGUGGACACCUGGACACAUCCACAGACCAACAUCACAAAUCCGUUGUGGACAGCAGAAUUGUUGACUUCUGACCCCAGAAAAAUCUCACUUUUUGCAUCUUCUGGUGGCAUAAAGCAACACUGGAUGGCCUUGGAGGUCUUCUCCAACAUAAAUCCAUUGUUUUAAUUCU